GUGCCAGGCUCGAGUGUAGCCUGUGCUACAGUUUACUUAGUUAAAGAAGACUUCUGGGCGUAGAGGAUUUUCUACUGUCACUACUGUACUGCUUAGUACAAGACUGCCACUAAAGAAGACUAGUCACAGACUGUCGUGGGGUGAGAGGGGCCCCGGAGCAGAGACCCUCUGGACUAAUUUACAGUCAAAUCCACCCCUGGCCCUCAUCUCUUUUCCUGUUGCUCCCCUGAAAAACCUAAACAUCCUCCUCAGAAGGACAUCAGCGACUCCCCUCCACCCCUCUACUUCCCCAUCCUCCUCCCCCUCUGCCUAGUUCUCAUGUUCCUCCUCUGGGGAGGUUGGAGAGCAGUGGGCACACACGUGGCCAGCUGCCCAGGCUCGGGCCACGGUGACAGACAUGGGGCUCAAGAGGAGGCUGGGGCUGUGCUUCCUGGGUGUCAUCUCCUUGCUGGUCAUCUACAUCCUGUGUUUGAGACUGGAGAUCACCAUCCCCUCGCACAUGGUCAACCUGAACCUGUCACACUUCCCUGGUCUUGGGUACACACAGGAACCAAACAGGUCACAUGACUCUGAAGACCUUCUUGACGGCAACACACCAUCAGAUGGUUUGGACAGCCUACACAUUGGUUCAACACCAACAACACAUUUAAGGUUAAAGGUACAGUCCACAUCCCCUGUUGGAGUCAGACCCUCAAUGAAACCUGGAGCCAGGGUCAGGACUAUCAAGGGUCAAAAUAUUAAAGGUGCUCUCCUCUCCAAUUCAACCAAACCAACAGAGCCACCCUUCAUUGGAGACAGUUACUACAGCGAAGUCGCCCCACCUCAAACCGACUGUCCAAAUAGUAUUCGUAGCAGGGUUCCCCAGACAGACUUUGGGGUGAGGUAUCUGGGCAGGAUCCCUGUCCUCCAGUGGGCCAAGCAUGCCACUCCAGAACAGUACCAGCGCCUCCAAGUGUACCCAGGGGCUCACGGCUGGGGAAACCUUGACAUUGACACUCUGGUGUCGACCCUGUCUGUUCUCAACACAUCGGCCAACUGGCACAUGUUUGAUGACUGGGAUCGUCGUAGCAACGGCUCGCAGUGUGUCUGCUGUGCUGUCGUGGGCAACGGAGGGAUUCUGAAGGAUUCUAAGAAGGGCCGGGAGAUUGACCAACAUGACUAUGUUUUCAGGACCAACGGAGCUGUGAUUAAGGGCUUUGAGCAGGAUGUGGGCUCUAGAACAUCCCUCUACACGUUCUCCACCAACACCCUCCGUAACUCCAUGAAGAGCUACGCCGGAGCAGGCUACAGAGGACCCCCGCUCUCUGAGGAGACUAGGUAUGUCUUCCUGCCAGACCAUGACAGAGAUUACCUGCUGAUGAAAGCAGCCGCCACACACACUCCAGUAGAGAGAGGACCAGAGAAGAGCAAAACGCCACCCACAUACUUUGGAAAAAAUGUGAGUGUAGAAAAGUUCAAGAUGUACCAUCCAGAUUUCAUACGUUACAUCAGAAACAGAUUCCUCCGAGGCCAUGCCAUGCAGACCAAAUACAAGAACAUAUACCGUCCAUCAACAGGUGCUGUGAUGCUGCUGGCUGCAAUGCACACCUGCGACCAGGUGAGCGCAUAUGGCUUCAUGACUCCAGACUAUAAAAACUACUCUGACCACUACUAUGACAGCAGAUAUCACCCUGUGGGUUUCUUCAUCAACCAUGACCUGAAGAUGGAGAUGACACUGUGGCAGCAGCUCCACCAGGCAGGACUCAUCACGCUCUACAUGCACCAGUGAUCUCAGGAACUAAUUCACCCCAGGUCACUAUGGCAACGACCACAUUAAUGACAUACAUCUAUGGUAAUGACUCCGUCUCCACCACUGGCUCCCAAGGUUUGCCAACCCCCAGUAAACUAACUUACUGUUAGUUGCAACUACAAGAUUUAUAGAAAAAUUACUCCACUUCUGACUUCGUCAUUGCCUGCCAUGUUGGAGGUUUGCCAAUACUUCUGAGAAAAUGGUCUCCAUGGAGAUGGGCUUAGCCUAUCCUCUUGAGAAGUCUCUAAAAGGGUGGAGGCAGGUUGCCAGUCAUAGACUGUUGCUGACACUUGCUGAGUUACCAGGAAAACUGACAGAUUCUUUUCAUUCUGGGAAAAUAUUGUUUUAGACUGUGCAGCUGAAGAUUUUAUCAAUGGCCCUGAUUUUGGACAUAUUUGACCAAAUAAUAUUUAUUAGCCUUUUUAUUUUUUUAUUGUUUAAUAUUACCCCCUUUUCUCCCCAAUUCCGUGGUAUCCAAUUGUUAGUAGUUUCUAUCUUGUCUCAUCGCUACAACUCCCAUACGGGCUCGGGAGAGACGAAGGUCGAAAGCCAUGCGUCCUCCAAAACACAACCCAACCAAGCCGCACUGCGUCUUAAAACAGCGCUCAUCCUACCCGGGAGCCAGCCGCACCCGGAGGAAACACCGUGCACCUCGAGGCCUGGUUAGCGUGCACUACACCCAGCCCGCCACAGGAGUAGAGACAAGGAAAUCCCUACCGUCCAAACUCUCCCUAACCCAGACGACGCUAGGCGUCGCCCCACGGACCUCCCGGUCGUGGCCAGCUGCGACAGAGCCUGGGUGCGAACCCAGAGUCUCUGGUGGAACAGCGCUAGACCACUGCGCCACCCGCGAGGCCCCUUUUAUUAGCCUUUUUAUACUAUUUUAAGACCUUUUUUAGUAUUUUUUUAACCAUUUCAGACAAUCAGCUUUUGUGGGUCUUAGUCAGACAUAUGUUUCAAAGAUCAUACCCCUAAGAUAAUCUAACCUCCCCUGUUAUUGGUAAUGGUGAGAGGUUAGAUCAUACCCCCAAGACAUGCUAACCUCCCCUGUUAUUGGUAAUGGUGAGAGGUUAGAUCAUACCCCCAAGACAUGCUAACCUCCCCUGUUAUUGGUAAUGGUGAGAGGUUAGAUCAUACCCCCAAGACAUGCUAACCUCCCCUGUUAUUGGUAAUGGUGAGAGGUUAGAUCAUACCCCCAAGACAUGCUAACCUCCCCUGUUAUUGGUAAUGGUGAGAGGUUAGCAUGUAUGAUCUGUGACCCUCCCUCUACCUUUCUCACUCAUCAUUAUUCACUAUUCAUGCAGGAUUAUUUAUAAUCAUGGUAGCAUCCACAUGAAUGUUGAAGUGUUUAGAAACAUAUGCUAUUCUUAUUUAUAAUAAAAGUGACUCUAUUGGGCACAAAAUAAUCUGAAACACUACCAAACUAACUGCAAAUGCAUCCAACAAGUUUGUAGAGUCACAAGCUUGAUGUCGUCAUGGGAACAAAUAUUAAGCUUUUACCACUUUAUUUAUAAGAAUCUUUAGGGUUGUCAAUCAUUUUGACCACUACCUUUUUGAGAGAUGAAAACUAUUACUUGUUAAACAAAAUCUGAGCAAUUGUAAAUAUAAAAUAGAAUUCCCCCAUUUUUUUGCAUUCAUUAUAGAUCCGUAUUUUAAUUAUUUAUUUUACACAGUUGUUAUUGCUCAUCUUUUUUUAAGGGUGUCAGUAAUUUCGGACCCCACUGUAUGUUGACAAGAGAUAGGGCUGUUGCUGCUGGGCGGGCCACCUACUUAAAAUACCCUCUACCCUCCCUCACUGCCCUAAAUUCUUUCGCACAGCACUGCCCGACAGUAGUCAUGGUCUAUUCUGAUAAGUAGCCAGAUUAUUUUUUACAUGAUAUUACUAUGUUUCUGUGUGGAGUCAGUGUAGUAGUGGGUCAACAGACAACUCAAGUGUUUGACCAAAGCAAAGUUAAGGGGAGAAGAUAACAGUCAGAAAGUUUAUUUUUUAUUAAAUAUGUUUUUAAAAUGUAUUUUACUUUCAUACAUGUUUCCUUAUUAAUAUGAGAGAGCAAUGCUACAUAGACAAGAACUGUAUUCUUUUUCAAACUCCCACCAGUGUGUUCCUUAAUGUGAAUCUCAAUCUUUUGUCUGCAAAAUAAGUUGUUGUUGGGGUAACUGGGGAAACUAUUUGAAAUGAAGGAAGAUGUUUCCACAACAACUCCAAAAGGACACUUUGUCAGUGGCCUUUCUCUUCGGGCACUCGCUCCCACAACAUGAAUGGAUGUUUCCAAGGAUCUCCUGGAGAAUUGGAGUAUGUGUGGCCGGACUAGACAAUAGAGCACCUGGACUCUUCUCAAAGCUAGCUCAGGGCUGGAUUCGUUAGGCACCAACCAGAAGAAAAUUGACUGAAAAAAGGAAGGACUACUUAAACUCCUCCAAUAAGAAACAUUUCUUUUAGUUUUCCAUUGCAAAGCAUUUUGCUAUGCUGUACCCUAAUGAGCAUGACCCAGAAUGAAUAGUGACAAUAGUCACAGAAGUAUCAUUGUUUCUGCUGAAUAUUGAUGCCUGAUGAAUGAGGUCAUUCAGGACCUGAGAAGAACAUUAGAUGAAUCUGGUCACUGUGACCAUAGAGAUUGAUCUCUGACUGAGACUUUGCAUGGUCACCUCCACAUGGGAAGUGGACAUGUAUGUGGCAAAUGGUAACACCUACCAAGGCUCACUCAAAAUGUGCACAAAAUAUAUGUGGAGCAGGGUAAAGAAACCAAAGACCCUACAACAGAAUCAAUGAAUUAGCUUAUUUUACAUUUUUGUUGUAUGUCUUUUUAGAAUAACAAUCCUUUAACAAUGACAUUAAAUGGUUCCGGCUUUCCUCUACGGAAGACUCACAUCAGACAUGAGUUUUUAAUGUGUACAGAAGAUGUGGUAAACUUUUUUGUUGUUGAUGGAGUUCAUUAACAGGGGGGAAUUGGGUUGAGGGAGUUCCUCCAUAAUGCAAUUUUUAGCGUGGAUGUGUUUAAUAUAAUAGAAAUCUCUAAAGAAAUUGAGAAUUAAAGUUUAUGUCUUGUAUUUCUAUUUUGAUAGAAUGUCAUGUUAGUAAUCUGUUAAUAGGUUGUGAGGAAAAGCAGAUUAGGAACACACACCACCAUCAAGCAGUUUUGUAUUAAGGCUUUAACAGCCUGUACAGUGCCCUCAGAAAGUAUCCACACCCCUUGACUUUUUUUCCACAUGUUGUGUUACAAAGGAGGAUUAAAAUAGAUUUAGUCAACAAUCUACACAAAAUACUUUGAUGUGGAAGAAACAUUUGAACAUUUGUUUAAAAAAUAUAUACAAAAUAAUGCACUAAUGUAUCUUGAUUGGAUAAGUAUUCAACCCCCUGAGUCUGUUAGAAUCACCUUUGGCAGUGAUUACCCAUGUGAGUCUACAAAAGUCUCUAAGAGACAUACAAAAGUCUCUAAGAGCUUUCCUCACCUGGAUUGUGCAAUAUUUGCCCAUUUAUUAUUUUCUAAAUUCUUCAAGCUCUGUCAAAUUGAUUGUUUAUCAUUGCUGACAACCAUUUUCAGGUCUUUCCAUAGAUUUUCAAGCCAAUUUAAGUCAAAACUGUAACUCGGCCACUCAGGAACAUUCACUGUCUUCUUGGUAAGCAACCAGUGUAGAUUUGGCCUUGUGUUUUAGGUUAUUUUCCUGCUGAAAGGUGAUUUCAUAUCCCAGUGUCUGAUGGAAAGCAGACUGAACCAGAUUUUCCUCUAGGAUUUUGCCUGUGCUUAGCUACAUUCCGUUUAUUUUUUUAUCCUGAAAAACUCCCCAGUCCUUAACGAUUACAAGCAUACACAUAAUUUCAUGCAGCCACCACUAUGCUUGAAAAUAUGGAGCGUGGUACUCAGUAAUGUAUUGGAUUUGUCCCAAACAUAACAGUAUGUGUUCAGGACAAAAGUUUUGCAGUAUUACUUUAGUGCUUUGUUGCAAACAGGAUGUAUGUUUUGGAAUAGUUUUUAUUCUGUACAGACUUCCUUCUUUUCACUCUGUCAGUUAAGUUAAUAAUGUGGAUUAACUACAAUGUUGUUGAUCUAUCCUCAGUUUUCUCCUAUCACAGCCAUUAAACUCAUGGUGAAAUAUUUGAGCAGAUUCCUUCCUCUAUGUCAGCUGAGUGUGGAAGGACACCUGUAUCUUUUGAAGUGACUGGGUGAAUUGAUACACCAUCCAAAGUGUAGUUAAUAUAUUCACCCUGCUCAAAGGA